GGUCUGUGCUUCUGUGAGCGUGUAUGUCAGAGGCGGAAGUCUGCUCUGUUUGUGGCUUUGUAUGCGCUGCUAUACAAAUACAUUACUGCGACGACAAAGGAAGAAUACAUUCAAGCGACAGCACAUUAAUAAUUCCUGCCGGGGUAGAAAUACUGACAUAUAAAGACGAUAAAUAUUCUGUUGAAAAACCAAUUCGACGGUAAACAAACGUACUCGCCGUCCAGAGUGGUUCAGCUGCAGCGCCUAACAGGAACGCUAUCUCCCAAAAAGCUUUGCAUUGUCCUAUGCUUGCGUCAUUAGUGCGACGAAAAUCUGUAUCCAGCUAAACAUAACAAACACAGGUAACGUUAUUUUUUAAACAUAAUUAAAUAAUGGAGUUGGAACAGGCAACAGAAGACUGUGCUCAAACCCAGCCAACACUCACACCUCCCGCUCAGUCAAAGAAGCCCAGUCAGGGUCUGUAUGUGCCCAAGCAACGACUUCAAGGCUCCAAAGAGAAAGCUCAGACUCAGGGAGAAGUAAAACCAAGACCCCGGCCUCGGUACACAGACAAGGCAAAGAAAAACGCCAAGAACAAGAAGGACAAGGCUGGAGGAGCAGCCAGGGAAGCGUCUGUUGGAGGAGAAGAUGGGGGUAAGACAGAGAAUGGGGAUCCUGAUGUGAAGGAAGAGCAGUUACAGGAUACAGAUGUGCCAGUUAAUGGUCAGCCUGACUCCACCAAUGUGGAGGCAGAUGUUACCUCAUGGCUGGAAGAAACAUCCCCCCAGGAAGGGGAAGGGGAAGGGGAAGAGGAGAGUUGGGACACCUUGUUCAAUGAUGAUGGAGAUUGUCUGGAACCACACCUACUUAAGGAGCUCUCUUUGAAGGAAGGUAGAAAGAAGAAGUCAAACCAGGACCCCAGGUUUGAUUACUAUAACAUGGACCGAGAUGACGAGGACGACAUCGACCUCACCGAGGACGAACUCGCUCACAUUGUAGAGAUCUACGACUUCCCUGCAGAGUUUAAGACGGAGGACCUCCUCAAGUUAUUUCAGUGCUACCAAGAGAGAGGCUUUGACAUCAAAUGGAUUGAUGACUCCCAUGCCCUGGGCCUCUUCUCAAGCCCCAUAGCAGCUCGUGAAGCUUUAAGAUCCAGACAUCCACUGAUGAAGUUGCGACCUCUUUCCAAAUCCUCCUCUGCCAUAAAGGCCCAAGCUCGUAGCUGCUCAGACUACCUUCUGCCUGCUAAAGAGAGACCUCAGACCAGUGCAGCACUGGCUCGAAAGCUUGUGAUCGGUGCCCUCGGUAUAAAAAGCAACCAGACGAAGGAUCAGCGUGAGUCCGAGAGGAAGAAGCUGCAGGAGGCGAGAGAACAAAAGCACCUGGCAGCCAAACAGAAGGAAGAUGCUUGGGAGGGAAAGUGACUGAACAGAAAACCACUGUUUUAUUUCAGUUUUCUUUUUAGAUUCCUUGAUUCGGCAGAGGCUAAAGUCUCCUCAGUCUCUUCUUCUGCUCUGUUUUUGUCAACUGACCGCUCCUUCCUACCACCGUACUUCCCAGAAAUGUAGUCCCACCACUUUUUUCCUUCUUUGCGCCACUGUCCUUUAUUAAUUGUUACUGCCGGUCUCAUCAUCCACUGUUUGUUUGCAUGCCGUGUUACAUCAGAUGAGAGGGUCCUACUAUAGUUCUCCCACCUUUUUAUGUUUAUAGUUUGUCCAUGCAGGGACUGCUGCCUCUGUGCCAUGGCCCGGGCUAACACAACCGACUCACCAGGGUUUUCUUUUAUAUUUCGUAAGAUUGUAACCACCGUCUGUUGUGAAGCACCCAGUCUAACCAUUUGUCUUACCCAACUGACUAGAUCUAAGGUCUCAUGUUUGUCUUUAUAUGGAUUUUUUAUGUUUUUAAAGAUGACCUAAGUAAAUCCACCUGUAAAUGUGAGGGAAGCUAAGUUUUCUGUUGAAGGUCCCGUAAUAUUAAAUUCAAUCAUGGUGAUCACUAUACUAUAUAUAUGAAGACAUUGUUGAGGACCUGUUAGCUCGUCUUAUUAAACAUUUCUGAGAAGUGAAAAGCCUUCAAAUAAGUUUCAUGGCUGUUCUGUCUGUUGAAUCCUAGGCUUAUGUAUUUUGUUGUGUGCUCGUCUUUACACAUUUUCAACGAGAGGAGUCUUGUUGUCCAAGAAAAACUGAUACAGUUCAUUCUGUUCAUACAUUCUGAAGAACACAUUUCAAUCAAAUAAGCUUUUAGUUGACCGACAGAUUUUGUCUUCAUCUCACUAGCCAGUUAAAAAAAGGAAAAAGUAUUUUUGGGUUUGUUUUUGGGGAAAAAAAUUGUGAACACUCAGACUUUAGACUAGAGGAACCCCACCUUGUCCAUGUGUAAUGUGUCUGUCCAAUAGUUGAGGCAAAAAUCUUUGCAGGCCAAAAAAAUGGUCCUUUAUAAUAAUUUACCUUCUUAAGACAUUGUGAAUUUUAUCUGGUGCUAGUAUAUUUGAAAGCUAUAUCCUAAACAAUAAGUAGUAUUAGCUCUUAACAUGGCUGCACAUUUCACAGAACUAGGCUCAGCAUACUAUUGAGUAGAUUUUAAUUCACCAAGCUGAAAUAUUUUCGUGAAAUAAGUUGUUGAUUAGGGGAAGUUCAACUCCAGUUUCUGUGAUAUGUCGCCCCUCCGUUUUAAGUAUUACUUGUUCGAUUGAUACGAUUUUGCAACACCAGGUUCUAAUCACAACUCUUUCAAACUGCUUUAGAUUAAAAAAAAAAAAAGUGGGGUUGUCAAUCUCAACAUGCUGUUUUUCUUUGUUCCUGGAAAAUUGAGAUUUUGGGCAUUUUACUUAGAGAGAGACAACGUUUCCCAGUUCAUAGUCAUGUUUAAUAAUUCAGCUUCCUGAAACACGCAUCCAGGCUCAGGAGACUUUUGGGAGCGCUGGAGGCAGCUGCCUCCUCUGAGGCUUCACCCAGCGUAACGCUGCGUCUCUUUCACCUCCUCAGACAAAGAGCUGCACAUUUAUUUGUUCUUAUGCAAAUUAUUUUAACUUAAUAUCAACUUCAAAAUAAAAUGUGCUGCUAACUUGUGGCCUCACUAUCUGCUAGUUGUUAGUGGAUGAUAUGUUAACAUAGUAAUACGACAGGUGGUGUCAAACGUGUUAAAACAUGUUGCCUGCAAACAUAGAUUUAUUAAAAUAAUUGUGAAAUUCAACUCUACCAAUACUAUAUAUCCACACAUCAGUGCAGUCCAUUACUGCUGUAAGGAAACCAGUUUGUGUAACAGUUUGGCUCAUUGGCUGUGGACGACUGAGACACAGUGCCACGUGGCUCAUAGUGGGCUAAUUAAAGUGCUGCAGCCUCAGAAGAGGCAACCAUUACUUGUUCAGUUUUUGUGUUCAUUUCUUUUAAAUCAGUACGUCACAAUGAGCGUGACAUAAAUAUUCACACUAUUCAAAUACAAUCUCUGCAGGUAUUAAUCUUUUUCCAAAGUGUCCUUCUUUCCAAAGAUGUAUUUGCAUUAGGAGUGAUGGUUUUAUGUUGUUUGUUGUCAGCAGCACAUCAUACAUACUCAUACAUUGUUAAUUUGUUGUAUGGUUGUUAAAAAUGUAUUCGACAGCAUGUGUUUUAAGGGUUUUGGGGAUUAGAGAAAUACUAUUUUAUUUAAUGGGGAAGGUGUUAAAAAAGACAACUGUAUCUUGUAGUUUUUAUUUAUGCCUGCAUUAUGUAAUAAUUUAUGUAAACUUUUCCAGGAAGUGAACAUAAUGAGAUGUAAAUGAUAAUAUGCCAAAACGUUUUUUUAAUUAAAUUUUAAAUGUGAAUUUUACUAUAUACUACUUUACUUUAUUAUGACAUUCAACAAUAAAUGGUCGUAUAGUUUGA